AUGGAGCGCUGGGAGCGCUGGGGCGUGGGGAGCGCCGAGGUCGCGGCGCACCUCGCGCCGACCGAGGCGCUGGUCGCGCGGCAGGGAGGCGUCGGCAUGUACGAUGGUAGCGAAAAGGUGCCGGAUAUGUCGUGCGGCACGCUCGUGCUCACGACGCACCGCCUCGCGUACGUUGACGACGCACGGCCGCUCGACCAGUCGAGAUACGUGCGCCUGGCGCUCGUGCAGCAGACUGAGCACUAUGCGGGCUUUCUCAAGAGCAGCCCCAAGAUCACGCUGCUCUUGCGCGACGGGCGAGAGGGGGGGGCGUGGACGUGCCGCGUGUGUGCGUUUGAGAAUACCACAUCGCUCGACGGGCGCUGUGCGCUGUGCGGCGUCGUGCGGGCGAGUGAAGACGUGCAGGAGAGCGUCGCGUGUGCGGCUUGCACGUUUCUCAACCACCCCACGCUGCCGCGCUGCGAGCUGUGCGAGACGCCGCUCCCGAAAGCACGGACGGGGCCGCUGGCCGUCAAGCUGAGCUUCCGCCAAGGCGGCGACAAGCCGUUCUACGCACACCUGCGCGCGACGCUCCUCGCCAAGGCGUGGAAGACGGAGGCGGCGCGCGUGGCUGCAGGCAUCGACGGCGUCAUUAGCAAGGAUACUCACGCCGCGGCGCCGGCGCCAGACGCAUUCCAGGACCUCGAGGCGCUGAUGCACCAGGCCCGGAGCAUGGUCGACCUCGCAUCCUCGCUGCGCACGCAGCUCGAGCGGCGCGAGCGCCUCCUCGCACAGGACGGACGCACGUCGCACGACGGCGCCGACUCCAUGAUCCACUCGGCGCUCGUACAGCUCGGCCUCGCGGCGCCGGCCGUGACGCAGGAUAUGGUGCAGAGCGAGGCAGAGUACCACCGCGAGCUCGCGCGCGAGCUCUCGCACCUGCUGCUUGGAGACGCAACCCGCGAUGGUCUCUUGGCCAAGCGCAAGCUGCUCGCCCUCGACGAGGUGUGGGGCUUUUGGAACCGCGCACGGGGCACCGCGCUCGUCUCGCCGAAAGUGAUGCGCGCCGCGAUUGCACACCUUCCAGACGUCGCCGAGCCCCCGAUCGCGCUCCGCGUGCUGUCGUCGGGCCUGUCGGUCCUGCAUACCCCCCACUACGACGACGCCGUGUUCGACGCACGGAUCCUUGCGCCUGCCGUAUCCUCUUCUACAUGA